GUGCUCUAGAAGCCGAAUGCCCAGAUGAAUUCAGAUUUCUUUGUAAACUCCCAAGCGCAAGUUUAUAGCACUGUGGUGUUCUGGAAUAUUUUUGCAUGGGUGGUCUUAGAAGAUUACAAAACUCUGCAUUUCACACUGGGUCAUUAGGAUUGCAGCUACUAUGUGGGCAAGCUGCUGCAACUGGUUCUGCCUGGAUGGCUCUCCCGAGGAGAUGCAGGCGCCGGCGCCGACGGGAGCCCGCGCCCAGGCCUACGCCAACCCCGGCUACAGCUCCUACCCGUCGCCCACGGCCCCCGAGCAGAGCUGCACGGCGUGCGGGACGCGCUUCAGCGGCGCCAAGCACGUUUGCUUGGACUGUAAGAAGGAUUUUUGCACGUCCUGCUCGAGCCAGCCCGACAGCGGUCCCCUUCUGUGCCACCUGUGCCAGCGUUUCCGAGCCACAGCUUUUCAGCGGGAAGAGUUGAUAAAGAUGAAGGUGAAGGAUCUGCGAGACUAUUUGGCGCUCCGUGACAUUUCCACAGAGCUGUGUCGGGAAAAGGAGGACCUGGUGUUUCUGAUUCUUGGCCAGCAGCCUGUAAUUGCCCAAGAAGAUCAGAUACAAACACCUUCUAUAAAUAGCAGUGCCUCUGGACAGCAAGACUUUGUGAUUCUCCCACCGAGCAGCAGAGCAUCUUCUACCUCACAUGAUGUGUCUCCGCUGUCUGCAGACCCCAUCUCAAGUUCACUAGCUCAGGAACAUCCACAGGCAAAUGGGUUUGUACUUCUGAGCCAAGUCGAUAUGGCAGGAGUUGAGAAUUCAGCAGAAGCAUCAGCAGAGGAGGAGACACAGUCUGUCGACUCGGAAGAAAACCUGGUGCAGGGGCGGAGGGCUUCCCUUUCUGACCUGACCAGCAUUGGGGAUAUUGAUGCGCUCACUGUGCGGCAGCUGAAGGAAAUUCUUGCUCGCAACUUUGUCAACUACAAAGGCUGCUGUGAGAAGUGGGAGCUGCUGGAGCGCGUGACUCGCCUUUAUAAGGAGAAAGACCUUCAACAUCUAGUUUCUGACACUGACGAUCGAACUGGUGGUGCUGGGCUCCCUGGCGCAGAGGAAAACCUCUGCAAAAUCUGCAUGGACUCCCCCAUUGACUGUGUCCUGCUAGAGUGUGGCCACAUGGUCACUUGCACCAAGUGCGGGAAGCGGAUGAGCGAGUGUCCCAUCUGCAGGCAGUAUGUGAUACGAGCUGUCCACGUCUUUAAGUCCUAAGUGUCUAUGAGUGAGAACGGUCAUGCCUUAAAGCCUCAUCUGCUGUUAGAGAAAUGGUCACAGUCACUGCAGAUAGGUCAGAGAUUAGCACAUGGACCUCGCAGGGAGCUGGAGUUUAUAGGCAAGGUGAGGAAAGGAGGAAGCUUGGAGAGUUGCUCUUAUUCCAGCCAUGCUUGGCUCCGCCCUUCCCGCUCUCGUGCUUUACACCACAGUGCCUGAACUCCCAGGAGCUUAUUGGCAGUAGCAGAGGCCAAAAUAAUUAACAACAUGCAUUCUAGAAUAACUUGAUCCACUAGUGUUGGGGCUAGAGAAGUGCUUGGCUUUCCAGCACAGCCAUCAGAUUGUGAGGCUUCCCAUUUCCUCUGGUUAAUAAACAAGCUGGACUGGGGUCUCAAAAAGUGAUGUCGUCUGUUUUUUUGCUGCUACUGAAUUCUGAUUUUGCUUCCCUCAUGCUACGUUAGGCUUCACACCCCCCGAUAACUUCACCGUCAAAGAGUAAAAUUUUGCUGGGCUUGUUUUGGGCUUGCUUUUUCUUUUGGCAAUUUAAUUUUAGCUACUUCUACUUGCAGGACAGGCAGACUGCCUCUGUUAUCCAUAUUCAGAAUGAGUUUAAUUCUAGCCUAGUGGGAUUUUGAAGAAAUGUGUCAUUUUAUUUGAAGACAGGCUUUGUACUGUUACAAAAUGUAAAGCGAGUAAGAGGUGUCUGGGACAUAACAGCCUUGCCUUGUGUGGAGGCUUCUUCUUUGUUUACAGGCCAGCAAGAGUGAGAUUCUUAAUUUACUGCUGCUGGUUCCUCUAACUUCCUAGUACGUACCAGUGCUUAUUUAAAAACUGAUCUGACUUCAGGUAAUUAAGAGCUGGGAAUCUAGGACUCUAGUCUUUUAGAGGGUUUAGUGGGCUGUAGAGUUAAGAAUUCUGUUGCUACAAUCAUAUUUAAGUGCAGGUAAUUUUUCAGAUUGGAGAGUCAAGGCUAAAGACUUGAAGGGAAGCAGAGGCCAAACUUUCACUCCUUGCUCAGCUUAUUGAUCUAGGGAAGAUAAUGAUCAUCACUGCAGCGGCUUCUGUUUGCUAAUGAGCUUCCCUCUUAUCCUCUUCGCUCAAUUUUACAGUCCUGUUAUAUUAAGCCUGCUUAUCAAACACCAUUUGUUUUGUGCCUGUGAUGGUGGCUAAGAGACUCUCUGCUCUGGUAUGUGACAAUCAUGAACUCGUCGGGCUGCUUCCCGAGCAGCGUGCUCAUUUGCAGGAGCCAAAUGAUAACUGACAUCUUUUUCCCUUGGUGGCCUGGGCACUCUGGCUGGCAACGCACUGCUCGGUUUUGGAAUCUCGAUGCCUUAAGUUUGCAGCCACCACAGGCCUGUAAACUUAUCUCAAGUCCUGGGGGAAGCUGAGUAACUCGUGCUGCAGUUUUUUCUUGCCUGGCUUUCCCCUUUAGGGGGUGGUGAUGACUUGCUGUUCAACUUGAAUCUCUGUAUGUGGUGUUGGGGGAGGAACAGCCUAAAUACAAGUGUCCACUUCUAGCUUUUGCAGUAAUGGAAGUGUAAUUACAGAAGUGAGCGCUAAAGCCAUCUAUUUUUGCAAUAAAUAUAAUGUAAGUUAACAGCAAAUUAAGCUUUUGUAGUCUUUAAUGCACAGCUGCAACUGAUAUGAAGUAGAUGGAUCUCUACAAGUGAGAAAUAAAAAAGGCAUUUGAGGGGAACACAUCUGUCAUUGAGAACCGCAGCACUACUGUGGUGUCUCUGCACUCCAUGAAGAAGGGACGGCUGAUGAGGUUUACUGAACUAAAACUUCAGAGUUUUACCUCUUUCCUCCAAUUCAGGUUUGUCUCUGAGUUACAGCUUAAAGCUUUACAUCUUCCAGCACGAUCAUGUUAAAAUAGUAACUGCCUACAUGCAAAAUUACGCCUUUAAAGAACCUCACAGGAGAGGUCCAGACAAAAACUUGCAAAGCUUGGAACAGCCUCCUGGGUAAACUCCCUGUGAGUUCAGCCCUUUCAGUAAUACCAGGCCUGGCAUGGAGAUUGCAGGGGGGAAGAUUGUUCCCCUGUGGACAGGUCUGCUUUUGUAUGUAAAGGGUGGGUAUAAACAACUGAACGAGGUGCAGAUCA